AUGAUCGAAAUACUUCAUCAGCAGCAUGAACAUAAGUGGUGGAAAGAAGCAGUGGUGUAUCAGAUAUAUCCAGCAAGUUUCAAAGACAGCAAUGGCGAUGGGGUUGGAGAUGUUCCCGGCAUCAUGUCCAAAUUGGACUAUAUUCGCGAUCUCGGUGUCGACGUGAUCUGGGUUUGUCCGCACUACAAGAGUCCUCAGGUGGACAUGGGCUACGAUAUCCAAGAUUACGAAGACAUCCACGAGAAGUACGGUACUCUCGAGCAGACGGAAGAACUUAUUAAGGCCGUUCAUGACCGCGGCAUGCGUAUCAUCUUCGAUUUGGUGAUAAAUCACACCUCGAGUCUUCAUUGUUGGUUUCAAGAAUCUCGCUCUUCAAAGACCAACCCCAAGAGGGACUGGUAUAUCUGGCGUCCAGCCAAGUAUGAUGCAGACGGUAACCGGUGCCGUCCAAACAACUGGCGAAGCAAUUUCUCGAAACCCGCUUGGACCUGGGAUGAGACCAGUCAAGAAUAUUAUCUCCAUCUAUAUGCACCGGAGCAACCAGACCUCAACUGGGAGAAUAAAGAGUGCAGGCGGGCCAUCUACCAAGGUGCCAUCAAGUUCUGGCUCGACAAGGGCAUUGACGGCUUCCGCAUAGACACGGUCAAUCUCUACUCAAAACAUCCGGGGCUGCCAGAUGCCCCUGUUGUUUACCCUGAAAGUGAAUCGCAACCAGCUAUGAUGUACUACGCCAAUGGACCGCGAAUGCAAGAGUAUCUGUGCGAGAUCAAUGACAUUCUCGCCAACUACGACACCAUGACGGUCGGGGAGCUACCGUACACGCCGAACGAAGCCGAUGUGAUGGCCUACAUCUCGGCCCGAAACAAACAGCUAAACAUGGUUUUCAAUUUCGACGUGGUGGACCUGGGUCAGACACCUGGCGCUCGCUUCAUCCCCCGUCCAUUCACCACCAAAGACUUCAAACGCGAGCUCUUCAAAUGGCAGUCUGUGAUCGAAAAUACCGAUGCCUGGACGACAGUUUUCUUGGAGAACCACGACCAAGGCCGCUCCGUGUCUCGCUUUGCUUCCGAUCUCCCCGGGUUCCGCGUGCGUGCUGCCAAAAUGCUAGCCGUCAUCUUAGCCACGCUAACUGGAACAUUGUUCAUCUACCAAGGGCAGGAAAUUGGGAUGAUCAACGCACCUCGCUCCUGGUCGGCCGACGAGUACAAGUGCAUCAAGUCCGUCUCGCAUCUGAACGAGGUUCGAGAGAAGUCUAAGAGCGAUCCCAACGCUCUUUCUGAGGCGCUGGACAUCUUGCAGAAGACGGCACGUGACCACGCACGAGUGCCCAUGCAAUGGAAGGGACAAGGAGCGAAUGCGGGUUUUUGCCCUGAUCAUGUCAAGCCGUGGAUGAGCGUGCUGGAGUCUCAUGAGCAGAUCAAUGUUGAGGACCAAGUCGGGAACAAAAGCAGUGUCUUGCAAUUUUGGAAACAGAUUGUGAGACUGAGGAAGGUACGCAAGGAUGUUUUCGUGUACGGGAAAUUUCGCGAGAUUGAGAGUAAGAAAGCAGACGAAGACAUGGUCGUCUUCGUCAAAGAGGGAACAGACGGGACGAAAUCUUUGACCGUGGCCAAUAUGUCCACCCAAGAGAAGAAAUGGGCUCCCAUGGCAGUCUUGGAGGAUGGCCGAACCUUCAGCCUUGCCAUUGCAAACGUCGAUGAUCCUGGCAAGGAUAGCUUGCAGCCGUUUGAGGCAAGGGUCUAUGUUUCGGCUUCAUAG